AUGACUCUUCUGUGUUGUCUCCCUCUGCUGGUUGUGCUCCUGCAGCCAGCUUUGUGUCUCUACAACUGCUCCUCUGUGCAUGAGAGGACCCCUGACAACUCAGACCUGACAGUUGACUGUGGCACAAGUGUGAUCACCCUGGAGAUCAACCUGUGCACAGCACAGUGGGCCGGCUUUAACACCACAGACCUGGCUCUGAACGGCAACCACAACACUUCAGAUUGCCUGGGCAGUGUUGACACCAGUGUGGACCCUCCAAUGAUCCGUUACCAGCUUCCUGUGAACCACAGUCAGGAUAAUCCCUGCCGCCAGUCUCUGCAGAUUGUUGAUGAGGCUCCGGACCCUACAGGUCCCUUCAGCAGCUUCUCAAGCAUCCAGUCAGUUAUCAUCACAGGGUACAUUGACACGCCCAGAUCUGAUCAGGGGCUUAUCAGCUACUCCACGGAUCUCUACUAUCACUUCUCCUGCCGCUACCCACUGGAGUACCUGAUCAACAACACAGAGAUUGUGGCUUCCUCGGUUUCUGUGGCGACCAGUGAUAAUAAUGGCACCUUUAUUGAUACGCUGAUGAUGGGUGUUUAUAAUGACUCUGACUACUUACACCCGUUAGUGGUACCUUCAUCUGGACUUGAGCUACGAAGCAGAAUCUAUGUUGAGGUCAAGGCUGUUAACCUCACUGGAAAUUUCCAUAUUCUGCUGGAUCACUGCUUUGGUACCCCCACAGCGUACAAUAUGUCUCAGACUGAGCAGCACAACUUCUUUCUUGGCUGUUCAGUGGACAAGAGGUCAUCUGUGACCAGUAAUGGUCUCUCCAAGGACGCCCGGUUUAAUUUUGAGGCCUUCCGCUUUGUUCAGCACCGUGACCAGAGCAAGUCAAAGAUCUAUCUACACUGCAUACUGAGACUCUGCGAGCCCACCAAAUGUCAAGAGCUGGUCACUGCCUGUAAUAACAGAAGAAAAAGAUCUUUGACUCCUUUUGGAGAAGAAAGCUCGGAAUCUGCUACUGUUUCAGUUGGACCUAUUUACACUGCCAGAGAAGACAGUCCAUAUUCACCUGGCUACAGUAACAACAUGGCACCAGAUGUGGAAGAUGUGAAUGUGACAGGACUGGUGGUGGGGCUGGUGUUUGGGUCAGCUGCUGCUGCUAUGCUGGUUCUGGGUGGCUGGUUUGCCCUGAAGAAGUAUUAUUGGGUGGGAGGAUUACCGCAUGCUUUUGACUGACAGAUCAAGAGACAAAUCAUCAUCAUCUCAUCACCUCAUAUCACAUUGUAUAUACAUAUGGAGGCUUACAGUGGGAGUACAUUGUUACUUUUUCUUUACUGUAACAACAUAAAAUCUGAUAAUGUAAUGAAAAUGUUAUUGUUUUUAAUGAAUUAUUUUGGUCUAUUAUUACCACAUCUGUAUUCAGGAGGCAUUUACAGGUUAUGAAGGAACAGGGAAACCUCAGCUAUCACUGAAUGAAUAGUAAAUGUAAUACUUAUAUUGCUAUAAAUUAGCUUUUUUUUUAAAAAAGAGACAGUCAU